GAUUAGGGAUUUAUAAUUCUGGGAAUUUUCAAAGUUGGAAAACUUCCAUGCAAAUUAAAGAGAAUAAACUGGAAAUGUUCUGUUAGCCUAUAAUAGGAAAAUUAAAUCUAGCAUAAUCUUGGUUAAAUCUACAAGAUUUAAUGCAAAGAAAAUUGACCAAGUGCAUUCUUCAGUACAAGAGUGAACUGUAUAUAUGUGACAGAAUUGUGGUUAAAGGCAUAGUUUACUCAAAAAUGAAAUUUCUGUCAUCAGUCUGUCACCCUCAUAUUGUUUCAAACCUUUAUAAGUUUCUUUUUUCUGUUGAACACGCACAAAACUUAUUUUGAACAAUAUUGGUAACCAAACAGUUGCUGGGACCCAUUGACUUCCAUUGUAUGGAAAAAAGGGAGUCAGUGGUUUACCAAAAUUUUUAUUUUUUGGUUACGAACAUUUUUCAAGAUAACUUUUGAGUUCAGGAGAACAAACAAAUUAAUAUUGGUUUAGAACAACUUGUGGCAGUUUAGGCUAUUUUAUGACAAAAUUGUCAUUUUACGGUAACUAUCCCUUUAACUUGCUGGUAGCCUUUAUCUCAGAAAUAACCUCUCUAGUCAUGGUCUCACUUACAUGUGUACUUACAUAGUAACUAGAUGUGUACGCAGUAUGUAACCACAGUGUAAGUACACAUUGGUACAUAGUAUCUACAGCUGUAAUAUUUCUGUAAGUACACAUUAUUAUUCAGCUGAAAAUCCUCAUCACUACUAUUCAUGAUGGUGAAGAACUUUCGAGUUAAAAAGCUUCAAGCACUUCAUCAAAUUAAGAUAAAGAUAAAAUAUAUAGUUUACACCAUUGUUUUUUUUUUUUUUUUCAAGCUAAAGGGAUAGUUCAGCCAAAAAUUACUCAUCCUCAGGUUGUUUCAAACCUGUAUAAAUUCCUUUGUUCUGCUGAACACAAAGGAAGAUAUUUGGAAGAAAGUCAGUAACCAAACAGAUAUUGCCCCAGAUGUUUUGGUUAAUUUAAAGUGAAUUCUUUUUUUUUUCAGAGCUGAUGGAAGAGAAAGAGGAGAGUGAAGAACUGAGUGAAGUGGAAGAGGAGCAUCAUGACAAACCUGGAGAAAACCCUUUGAGUCGCUCAAAGAAUAAUAAAACCAUUUUAAAGAAAAGAAAAGCCAAUAAAUCAGUCACCUGCACUCAGUGUGGAAAGAGUUUCUCAACCAAACAAAAACUUGAGCGUCACAUUAGAGUUCACACCGGAGAGAAACCGUUUACGUGUGAUCAGUGUGGGAAGAGUUUCACAACCAAAUUAUAUCUUGAAUGUCACUGGAGAGUUCACACUGGAGAAAAGGCGUUCACAUGUGAUCAGUGCGGAAAGAGUGUCUUACACAAACAAAGUCUUAAGCGUCACAUGGAAGUUCACACUGGAAAGAAGCUGUUCACGUGUGAUCAGUGUGGAUAUGAAUUCACAGAAAAAGCAAACCUUAAAAAACACAUGACAAUCCACACUGGGGAAAAGCCGUUCACAUGUGAUCAGUGCGGGAAGUGUUUCUCACACAAACCUUAUCUCGUCGCUCACAUGAUUGUUCACACCGACGAGAAGCCGUUCACGUGUGAUCAAUGCGGGAAGAGAUUUAAAACAAAAAACAGCCUCGAGCAUCACAGCAGAGUUCACACUGGAGAAAAGCUGUUCACGUGUGAUCAGUGCGGGAAGAGUUUCAGACAACAAGGAAACCUUAAAGGACACAUGAGAGUUCACACUGGAGAAAAGCCGUUCCCAUGUGAUCAGUGCGGGAAGAGUUUCUCACACAGACAAAGUCUUGAGUGUCACAUAAGAGUUCACACCGGAGAGAAGCCGUUCACAUGUAAUCAAUGCGGAAAUCAGUUCACAGGAAGAGGAGCCCUUAAAAAACACAUGACAAUCCACACGGGAGAAAAACCGUUUUCAUGUGAUCAGUGCGGGAAGAGUUUCUCAAACAAACAAUAUCUUGAUCUUCACAUGAGAUUACACACUGGAGAGAAGCCGUUCACGUGUGAUCAGUGCGGGAAGAGCUUUACACAAACAGCAACCCUUAGAGUACACAUGAGAAUUCACACAGGAGAGAAGCCGUACUCAUGUGAUAUAUGUGAAAAGAGAUUCUCACACAAAAAUACUCUCGAGUUUCACAUGAGGAUCCACACCGGAGUGAAGCCGUUUAUGUGCGAUCAGUGUGAAAAGAGAUUCUCAAACAAAAACAGUCUUGAGGUUCACAUGAGAGUUCACACUGGAGAGAAGCCGUUCACGUGUGAUCAGUGCGGGAAGAGCUUCACACAAAAACCACAUCUUAAUGCACACAUGCAGGUCCACACCGGAGAGAAGCCACACACGUGUGAUCAGUGCGGGAAGAGUUUCACAAGCAAAUGUCAUCUUCAUGUUCACAUGAGGAUCCACACCGGAGAGAAGAAAUACAAGUGUGAUCAAUGCGGCAAAACAUUUCUUAGGUCAUCAAGCCUGAAGUCACACCUGACAGUUCAUACCAAGGAGAAACCACAUUCCUGUUCUGUAUGUGGAAAGAGUUUUUCACAGCUACAGAGUUUACAUAAACAUGAGAAAACACAUACUGGUGUGAGAGAGUACAUGUGUUUUGAGUGUGGCAAGACUUUUACUACAGCGAGACAUUUAAAACUGCACCAGAGAGUUCACACUGGAGAGAAACCUCACAAGUGUUCACACUGUGACAAGAGAUUCAGUCAGUUAGGAAAUCUGAAAAUACAUGAGAAGAUCCACAGCAGAGAGAAACCGCGUACCACAUGUGAUCAGUGCGGAAAGACUUUCUCUUUUAAAAGUCACCUGAAGCUACACAUGAAGAUCCAUACAGUGGAGUGACCACAUGACUGCUGUCUAUUUGGGCAAAGUUUUUCUUUUAGACCUGAUGAAACACCUGAAGAUUCACAAGAGAGUUCACACUGGAAGUAAGCCACUCAGGCUUUCGAUCUGAAAAAGCAACAGAUAAUUCACACUGUGGAAAAAAAGUAUUUACACUGCAACAUGAGAUAAAAUCUGUAUGAAAGUCUGGAAACACAUGAAAGGAUUCACACUAGGAAACCACAUCAGAGUCUGAUCAAUUAUCUAGUCCAUGGUCACAAUCACGGUAACUAGAUCAUCUUCAGAUGCAGCAGUGCGAAAGCAUUUCUUGCAGAGAUUCUGUCCUAAUAGACAUGACGAAGAAACAUACUAUUUUGGCUUUCAGCCAUUUAGAAUUUUGUUGUAAAAUACUGUAUUUUUCUGAAUGCAUUAGCAGCGUGGGUCAUCGGCACAAUGCCCUGAAGGAUCUUAAAAAGUUUUAACCUGUUAACCUUCAUGAGGAUGGACUGAAAUGUUCUUUAUUUACAUAAGUUUUAAUGUAAGCUGUUGUAAUUACCUCAACAAACUAUGUAUCAUUAACUCUUUCCCUGCCAAACCAGAAUUUUCCGGGUUUCCAUGUACUUGCAGUUAUAUGAUCGGAGCGCUAUUAUGCAUGUCCUGAAUAAGUCUAGUAUCACUUGAUCAAAAACACAGACAAGGAAGAUGCAGAAACGAGUGAUCUCGUAGUAAGCAUAUCCAUAUGAAACAUAUUGUGAUCAUCAAUAAUAAACAGCAUUUAAAUGAAAACUGACUAAUGUUACCACGUGAAAUUGGGUCCUGGAAGUGGUAAAGGAAUGUGCAAGCUUUAGAUAUGCUGAUGGAAGUUAUCUACUGCUUCUUUGCUGUUAUAAUAGUACUGAAUAUGUGGCAGAUGUGGCAUUUGAUAAAAAUGUCCAUUUUGG